AUGUUGCCAGUUUCAACCAUCAAGCAUGGAGAAAAUGAUUAUGAAGGACUACCGUUCAUCGAGAAGAGUACGGCUGAAGUAAAUUUAGUCUAUGCUAAAUCUUAUAAUUUUUGGAAGGCAGUAACCUGGACCUUCUGCUCUGCAGUAGCUCAGUACACUUUGAAGCUCCUACUAUCCACAUAUAGAUUUCCUUUGACAUUAGCGUUUCGAAGCUACAUCUUGAUUUUAAUAGUCUAUGUAUUUAUACUUAAAUAUCCUAAAAGUUUGGCUGGAAAUUUCUUGGGCCUCAGUUGUAUGCUGCCAUCAGGGAAAAAGUGGCUCACUUAUCAACAAUGGACUUUCCUAAUUCCUGCAUCGCUAGCUGCUGCACUAUCAUAUCCCAUGCUGAUCCAAGCUUCGCUCCACAUACCAAGUCUACCAAUAAUAUCUAUGUUAUUCCCCACCGUACGCGCAAUUGAAUCACUGACUCUUAUUACUUGCCGAUCAAAAGACCGUUUCAGAAAUCUUUGCACUUGGGAGAUAUUCCUUAGCAUUGGCGCAUCAGCAAUAGUUCUUGACAAUGAUUAUCGAUUAAAUGUGCUCGGCUUGGCUUGGGGAGUUGGAGGUCUACUACUUGCAGGACUUUCUCGAGCCUGGUUCAUCAUUGGAUCCGAAAGAGUAGAACUACAGAUUGAUCGCUCUUCUUAUUACCACGUUUUUUUGUCGGCGACACUUCUUCUCGGAUUGAUAUUCAGUGGCUUCACAGCAUUUCAUUUGGAAAGCCCCAGUUUUUUUCAAAAAUAUUCAUUCUCAUCAACAGUCACAACGAUUACUUUUUACUUUUCAAUCAUCGUCACCGCCUUCCUAGGAACAGCAAUAUCCUUCCAUGCACCCCUUAGUCUUGCUAACUCAGCUACUUAUUCGCCAUUUGUACAAACUCGUCUACUUGACAUAUCUGUCUCAUUUGCAUCUAGCCUACUAGUACUACUAGUUUCGAGCUAUUUUGGUCCUUUCUUUUAUGUUUCACCUAUACAGAUAAUGGCUUAUCUCUUUUCUUUGGUCCUUGUCACAGGUGUGAAUACGCUCCACGAACAGAUUUCGACCAUAAUAAAGAAAAGCAUCAACAACACUCUGAAAAUUUGCUCUAUGCUGUCAAUUGAUUCGGCAGGAAUAAACGUAUACGCCGUAUCUACUAUAAUAGCCCUAAAGGUUAUGCUUCUUUCUUGGAUACUAUCUUCCAUUAACACAUGGUCUCUCGACUCACUCCCGGAGGGACCAUUGGCAAAGCUCGAUUAUGAUUACAGACCAAAAAAUCGUUUUGAUAUCGUAGUAAGCAUGUAUAAUGAAGAUCCUUUAUCGAUUGCCUCAGUUAUCGGAGAAAUAAAGAUGACGAGAAUGUUAAAAAAGAUCACCACUCGAACAAUCAUAUACACAAAGUCCCCGGCCCCAAACACCUCAUCAAUACUCUUGAAAGCUGGCGCUGAUGAGGUCAUUAUUCUACCUAACAAGGGUCGAGAAGGAGGUACAUAUCUUCACCAUAUUGUCAACAAUUGGGACAAACUAGCUGAACAAACGCUUUUCUUACAGGCUCAUCCUCACAACUCCAGAGAAAUUAUACCACGGAUUAAUGACUAUCUCGUCCAAGAAACAGGAAUGCUCAGCCUUGGAUUUGUAGGGCAGGCUUGUCUUUGUGGCGAGUGUGGUGAUCGUUGGGGAUGGCAGGAUGACUUAAGCUUGAUGCCUGAAAUCUAUCAAUUGAUUUAUCAUCAGACUUGUACACCUAAUACCAAAAUUUUACUCUCAUACAAAGGCCAAUUUAUUGCGAGUGCAAGACGUAUUCGUGGAAUUCAGAAAAAUAUUUACCAGAAUCUUUUACGUCAAGUUACCGGCGAGCAUGGUGAUAAUGUUACAAUGUCAGAACAAAAUCAGGAAGACUGGAGUAAUCCCUCAUUUGGCUUCUCUCUUGAGCGUGUCUGGAGCCUUCUUUUGCAGUGUGCGACAGAUAAACGUAUAGCCACCCGAUGUCCAAGCCUGUUAAGUGGGUAUACAAGGGGUAUUGGCGUCAAGGACGACUGCCAAUGCCUAGACUUGACAUAA